GGCGGGCGGUGUUGGAAGAAAGGAAGAAAAUUUAAGUUCGGUUGAACGGAUGCGACGUCGUUCCAUCGGGGCCGUUUUCUUAGGCCUGGAGGUGAACAAACACCCCUAGGAGCUAUUGCCUGCUUACAGUCGAAGGGAGUUUGUAGCUUGGAGAAAGUAGAUUAGUAUACAGUGCUAAACCCGCCUGAGGGAUCAAAAUACUAGUAUCAUCUACAACUGAUUUGCAUUUUAAUGUAUUGCAUCAGGUAAUGGUCAGAAGCAAUGUUUGCCUGAGAGUCUCAGCUUGAAACAUCGACUGGUUACUCUUCCAUCAAGGCUACCUGGCCUGCUGAGUUCUUCCAGCAUUUUGUGUGUGUUGUAUGGAUUUCCAGCAUCUGCAGAUUUCUCUUGUUUAUAAUUUGACUGGCUGUAAAAGACUUUGAAUCUCCUGAAAUGUAAGGUGAAGUACAAGGUUGUUCUUGUCUUUAAUUGACCCUAUUUUAUAAUAAACUUGUAGUUUAAUAAUAUGUAUAGUGCUCCUGGCAUAGGCAGAUCAGACAGUUUGAGUCAAGUUAUAAGUGUGAUCACAAUGACCACACUGGUUUUCAGUCAGGAUGUUUUUAAAGCAAAUUAAAACUACCCUCAGGGUGUGACGCAGGCUGUACCUCUUUCUGUGCUGUAAUCUUUACAAUUCUAUGGUUAGGGCUUCUGCUUCGCAUCAUAAUCCUGUACAUGUAGUCAAGUAAAAAGAGGACCUGUCUUCAAGGUGAUUUGGUUGAACAAUCUAAACUUCAUAAAGUUACAGACUAGUAAUACCAAAAUAUGAAUGAUAGCAUUUCAAAGGUUCAAGGUACAUUUAUUAUCAAAGAAUGUAUAAAUUAUACAACCUUGAGAUUUGUUUACUUACAGGUAGCCACAAAGCAAGAAACCCGAAAGAACCCAAUUAAAAAUAAAUAAAUAAAUAAAAGACUAACACCCUAUGUGUAAGAGAAAGGGGAAAAAUAUAAUCAUGCAAACAAUUGAAGUGAGCAACAACAGUCUGAACCAAAUUGAGUCCUCAGUUCCAAACCCUGGAGCAGCUCAGAGGAGGCCCAAAGCCUCACUUAUCAGUUCAUCAUAAUAGCAGGCAUGGAGCACAGCAGCCGGGACAGUCUUCAGCACCUCAGUGCCAUUGAGAGAGGAGUUACUCAGUGAGAUUGGCUCUCAAUGGGAAGUACGAGAGUUAAUCACAGCUUCGAUCAGUUUCACAGCACACUUAUUUGGUAUUAGUUUCUUUUGCAUGGAACAAUUGGUAAUUUUUUUCCUGCAGCAUUUUGAGAUCUAGGGGAGAAAUAGUGAUUGUUAAUUCCAGCCAUGCCAAAGUGACUUUUUUCUAGAUGAGAUGUUAAAAUGAAACCCAGAGGACAGAUGUAAAAAGGCCUAUGGUCUUGCAUCAAAUAAGACCAAACAUUGUUCACGUGGCAUUUUCGCCAGCAUAUGGUUCAAUCAUGCUUAAUUUGUUGUAAUGUGCUUUGGGAUGUCCUCAGGUCAUCCAAGGCACUACAGUGAUGAAGUCAUUUCUUUUUUUCUUAACAUAUUCAAUCCUUUGAUAAAAAUACAAUACUGGAUUUGCACAUUUUCCUUUGUGAAACUGAAUUAAUUUAUGGGGUGGACACCAUGUUGCUUUCCAGCACCACCUGUGAAAAGUCUAAUGUGUGCCUCAGAUUAUUUAAAACAAUGGCUAUUAUUUAUUUUUAAUUUCUUUCUUUACUCUCUCCUGAAGGAAGCAAUUCCCAGGAGCUUAUGGCCAUCUAUUAUCUUGAUGAGACAUUUCAAGUGUAUAAACCCUGACUUCACAGUCAUAUUUAAUCCAUGCUCUUUUGGCUUUUUAACAGGAUAGUUUUCCCUCCUAACUCAGGAGGUGAGAGUUGUCAAAUAAAUUAGGAUUGGAAUGAGGUGCUUUAUCCGUUACCCUCACUUACUAAAUUAUAUAUUUUACAUAUUGAAAUCUUGGAUAACUUUUAAAUUAAGCUUUUAAACAGAUUCACACUUCUCUUUUUUUAUACAGAGUAAAUCAAUAGAACACUUCUUUUCUCUUUUACUCUGAUUUUUUUCUUAACAAGGAGAAAAAUUACAUUAAACUGUACAUGACUGGGAUUUGGAGAGGGGGUGUUGAGUUUCUCUCUAUGCUGAUGACUUAUUGCUCUUUCUCUCAAAUCCGUCUACAUCCUUACCUCUAAUGUUAUCACUUCUUGACCAGUUUAGCCAGAUCUCUGGCUAUAAACUUAAUUUACAUAAGAGUGAACUUCUCCCAAUUAAUAAAGAAGCACAAGAACUAACAUUUCAUGAUCUCCCUUUUAAAGUAGUCCAUAAUCAAUUUACUUAUCUUGGAAUUACAGUCACAAGGAAGUUUAAAGAUCUCUUUCGUGAAAACUUUGCCAAUCUUUCAUAUGCUAUAAAACAGAGUCUGGUACAAUGGUCACCUCUAUCUAUGUCUUUGGUAGGUCAUAUUAAUGUUGUUAAAAUGUAUGUUCUCCCCAAAUUUUUAUACCUAUUUCAAUCUAUCCCAAUUUUUAUUCCUAAAUCUUUUUUUGAUUCCUUAGACUCUAUUAUUUUGUCAUAUCUGUGGCAGAAUAAGCGCUCUAGAAUUAAUAAAAUCCAUCUCCAAAAAUCUAAAAAAGAGGGUGGCAUGGCUUUACCUAACUUUCGUUUAUAUUAUUGGGCAGCUAAUAUACGUUGUGCUACCUUCUGGUCUUUCUUCCAUGGCCAACCCGAGUGCCCUCACUGGGUGGCGAUGGAGCUGAGCUCCACUAAAGAAUUAUCUAUCUCUGCACUUCUUGGCUCUGCACUCCCUAGUAGUCUGCCCAGAUCAAUAGCUAAUCCUCUUGUUAGACACACUUUGCGUAUAUGGGCUCAGAUCAGGAAAUGCUAUGGUUUCCGGGGGUUUUCCGUUACCAGCCCUAUUGCUCAUAAUCACCUUUUUUUACCUACUACAUACGAUUCAGCAUUCCAGGUUUGGUAUAGGAAGGGCAUUAGACAUUUUGAAGAUCUUUUCAUUGAUAAUCGCUUCGCUUCUUUUCAGCAGCUCUCUGUUAAGUUCAAUCUGCCCAAUGCUCAUUUUUUCAGAUAUCUCCAAAUCCAACACUUUAUUGCUCCUUUAAUUCCUAACUUUCCUGAAAUGCCUGCGAAAAAUGCUAUGGACCUAUUUCUUUCCAUGAAUCCACUAGGUAAAGGCUUAAUAUCAAUCAUCCGAGAUAAACUAGCAGCCUUAAGACGGGCCCCCAUGGAUAAAAUCAAAAUGGCCUGGGAGCAGGAUUUAAAUAUCUCCUUAUCUGAGGAGAGCUGGGAUUCAGUUCUCAAAUCGGUUAACUCAACCUCUCUUUGUGCUCGCCACUGCCUUUUACAGUUUAAGAUUGUUCAUAGAGCCCAUUUGUCUAAAUCUAAACUAUCUCGAUUCUACCCUAGCGUUAGUCCGCUCUGUGAUAAAUGCAAGAGGGGCGUGGCCUCUCUCAUCCAUAUGUACUGGUUCUGUCCUAGCUUGGAGAAAUUCUGGAAAGAUGUCUUCACUACGUUAUUGUGUAUUCUGAAUCAGCACCUAGAACCAAACCAAAUUGCUCUGUUCGGUUUUUGGGGCGAGACAGAUUUAUGUCUGGGUCCGACCAAAUGCCGAAUAUUAUCCUUUGCCUCUCCCCUGGCUAGACGCUUGAUCCUCCUCAGAUGGAGAGAUGUUGCCUCGCCCACUCAUGCUCAAUGGCUUAAUGACAUCAUGGCCUGUUUGGACCUCGAAAAAAUUCAUUAUUCAGUUCUCAAUUCGGAUCUAAAGUUCCAUAAGGUCUGGGGACCUUUUAUCGAGUACUUUCAUAACCUUCCUCUUGACUAGGGUUUUUUUUUCUUUUCGGUUCCUUGCUUUCAGCUCCUUUUUUUUCUGGUAGAAGGCAUUAUUACCCUCUGUUGCUGAGUGUAUUCACAGUCUGGGAGUUUGGCAGUCCUGACUUAUACUCUCUAUAUUGUGUUGUGGUUGGUCUGGAGCUGCUGUCGUAUUUUCUUGUGUUGUGGGGCUUGGGGAGGACACUAAGCUUACUUGUCUUUAAUUUAGGUGCUUUUUUUUUGCUAAAUUCUCUUCCUUUGUAGCAUAUUGUUAUUGUAUGCUUAAUUUUGCACUGUUUUAAUGUUCCUCAUUGGGAUUUGGGGUUUUUAAUUUGUAAAAUGUUUUGAAAAACUAAUAAAAAAAAUUUUUUUUAAACUGUAGUACAUGUAGUUUAACAAAAAUGUAGGUGUAUAAGAGGUGACAUUUCUUUGCUGCAUUUAUAGACAAUGCAAAUAUUUAAUAAUAAAAAGAGAUUUCUAGCUUUAAAUAUUUUGAACCAAGAGUUACAGAAUCUAAGAUUUAGGUCUCAACUCCAAACUGUGCCUUAAUACAUCCUGUUUAUCCCAUAACAAAUAUUAUCCACUGUGUUGGCCAAGCAUGACACACGUCCUCGUUAGCCAAGAAUAUAGAGCUGAGAUAUGCCUGACCACUGCUCACACAUCAUGAAUUCUGAUCUCCACUUUAGCUGUGAAUUCUGACGCUCUUACAGAGCUGAUUAUCUACAUACCACCUUUAUCAGGAAUGACACUUGAAGACAUACCAUGCAUUCUCAAUUUAGGUGUGUCUGUCCCUGUAAACUUGGCACAGUAAAAAAGUUGUAAUAUUAAUCGGCUCAUUGAUAUGUCAUUGUCUAAGGGGAAAAAUGCUCAAAAUUCUCAAAGUGAAUUAGU